AAGUUUAUAAAUUAUAAAUAAAAUAAUAUAAUGACUUUACGGUCUUUAUAAUUAUUAUUUAACGAUGGCACACUAGAUCGGUCCUAGUCCACUUAUAGAAAGCAUCACGUGAUCACCGAUCACCCGGCAUAGAAAACGAAGUGUCGGACGUCUCGGCCCGGACCCGGACCGUCCUAGCGUGAGUCUUAGAAUAGGUUUUAGAGACAAAGUCUAUUACUUAUAUACUUACCUAUGACUUACCUUUACAGAAAUUAGUACCUACCUACACCGAUUACAGUAGUCUGGGGUGAGCCUACUUGAAAACUCACAGUCUCACUCUUAAGAGGAAAAAUACAAUGAAGAUUUUCUACUCAAAUGAGCUUCAAGAGCUGCGGGCCAGUGGGGCUCGAGUCCACACUUCGAAACCGCAAGGAAAUCCGAAGAAACCAGUAAGAGAUUUGAACAGCCUACUUCGUGACAUAUACGAAGUGAGAGACAAACCGGUGAGGGACAGGGAUUUUCCGAAACACUUCAAAGUGUUCCAAGCUGUGUCCUUGACGUUGAAUGAUCUGAUGAAGAAGGUGGAUCCAUACUAUGAGCGGUAUUCCUUAGUCCGAUUUGAGGGUAGAAAAGACCGCCUACGCAUCAACAAGCCAGACGACCUGGACAUGGAAAUCGUCAUCGGCCUGCCUGUCGACACGCAUGAUCCUGCGCAUGGUGAUGUCAUAGAGGACGUAGCACCCGGCUUUGUGAAGCUGAAUAUAGGAGGCCAGUUGCAAAACUUGCUGGAUAGGGAAGGAGAAUGGCGAAUAAUCCAAACUGCUCACAGAUGGUUAGACAAGGACAACUACCUGCUCCGCUCCCUGUUCAUGGACUGGUACAAGAGCGUAGUCGACAAAGCCUUGGACCUCUUCGAUGUGACUGAAGAUAACCUCCCUUUCGCCAUGAAUGUGAUAACGGUUGAGGGAGAUACGUACACCCUGCGAUUGGCAGACAGCCAGUCCUACACACUGAUCGUCGAGGACCCGCAGAGCGGGUUCCGGCUGGACAUGGACCUGGUCCCCGCACUCGAGCUCCUUGACCAGGAUAGCACAAGGAUGCCGAGCAAGCGACGCAAGAAAGGAAAUUUCUUGGUGGUGCCUAAACCCAUGAAGGGUGGUCCCGACGAGGACGCGGCCUGGCGGCGCCCCCUGCAGCUACAGGGGUGGGACCUCUUGUACAUGAAACAGGCCAUCCGACUGAUAAAGAAGCUGCGGGACUCCCAAGGCAUGGAUAAAAUACAUAGCUACUACAUCAAGACCAUAUUCUACCACGAGUCCAUCGAACAAGAACAUGAUCCAGAAUUUUGGAGCAGGAAUGCUCCUGCUACACUCUUCAUACACAUGAUCAAGAGAUUUCAUCAAUAUCUGGAGACAAAAAACAUCCCAUACUUUUGGAAUGUGGAUUAUAAUCUCAUAGGCAAUAUUGACGAGACAAUUCUAGACGGUUACGCGAAAAAACUAAAGAGAUUUAUUAAAAUUUUAGAAGAUCCGUCGGAGUAUAAAAUGGUCGCGAAAUACUUGAUGUCAGAGAGUCAGUUUAAGGAAUAUAAAAAGAAUUUAUUGAAGAUUUAACCUUUGCCGAGAUAAAUAAAAUAAUAGACUGUAUACAGUUUACAGCGAUUGGCUGAAUUCCGUUGGCUUUUAAAGCUGUAACAGACGGGCGUUCCGGACCGGCAACUUCACCCGGUCAGCAUAUCUCUUUCUCGCUCUCACUUAUAGCUGCGUCCUUAUUGAAAGUACGGCGGACCACCUUCCAAUUGAUGGAUCAGGCCCCGUAGACAAAAUGCCAAUCGCUAUCGCUCCGUAGCGAUCGAAACGCAACUGUCACUGUCACACUAAUAUGGAAGAGCGAUAGAGAGACACAAAGCGAUUCGUUGUCGAAGCGAUAGCGAUUGUCACCUUGGCUAGGCCGGCAGGGCCGGACUAAGGUCGCGGUCCGGUACUCCUGUCUGUAACAGCUUAACUUGUAAUUGUAACCGCUGUUUGCCUCUCUUUCUAACAAAUAUUGUCAAUAAAGCGGGACCUUGGUAGACC